ACGUUUAUAUUCAAUGUCUCAUGCACUUUGUAUAAAAGAGAUUAUGAGAACAGACUUUAUUUUACAGUCAAAAUACCCGACUCAGCAUCAUCGUCAUUUCGUGUUGACUUUAUUACCAAUAUCACUGAAGUGACAAAGCUUCUCAAGGCAAGAUAUGAAGGACAAGUCGGUGAAUUACGACAAUAUCAUUGGAUAAGUGUUCCUUCAUGGCAUUCUUCCUCAACGCCGUUUAAACUAACUCGUAGACGGAUUACUCAUGAAGAAGUGAUGCAGCAAUUCGAUAACAAAAUCAAGCUGCACAAAAGGAAUACCUUAUUGACAAAUAAUAUCGAAUUGCAACCUCAAAUACCCGAAAGGCGACUAUUUAAACGUAUACCCGAACUCCCACUUUCACCCCUACUUGAAAAUGUACAAGAAGAGCAUCGAUUGAAUAGCAAUAUUGGAAAACUUAAAAUAUCGUUGAAUAUCGCAGAUCCGGCCUUUGAUCGGCAAUGGCAUUUGUUCAAUACAGAAGAAUUUGGAUAUGAUAUGAAUGUAACAGGUGUUUGGAGUCAAGGAAUUACAGGGGAAAACGUUAUUGUGGCUAUUGUUGAUGACGGAUUGGAGAUGGAGCAUGAAGAUCUGAGAGACAAUUAUUUUCCAGAGGGCUCUUUUGAUUUUAAUGAACACGUCAAAGAUCCCAAGCCUCGGCUUUCUGACGAUACGCAUGGAACACGGUGUGCUGGCGAAAUCGCUGCUGCAAAAAACGACAUUUGUGGGCUUGGUAUUGCAUAUAACGCCAAGGUAGCUGGCUUACGGAUUUUAUCCGGCGAUAUCACCCAAGCAGAUGAAGCGACGGCCAUCAACUACGGGUAUCAGCAAAAUCAUAUCUAUUCUUGCUCAUGGGGCCCACCCGACGAUGGGGAAUCAACAGAGGGUCCAAAAGGGAUUGUGCUUGAUGCGUUUAAAAAUGGCAUUCAAUAUGGCCGAAAUGGGUUGGGCUCCAUCUUUGUCUUUGCAUCCGGAAAUGGCGGCAGUUAUGGUGAUAAUUGUAAUUUUGAUGGUUAUACGAACAGUAUUUAUACAGUGACCGUAGGUGCAAUUGACAAACUGGGUAACCAUCCUUCGUAUGCUGAAAGAUGUGCAGCUCAACUGGUAGUGGCUUACUCAAGUGGCAGUGGAAGAUAUAUUUAUACAACGGAUGUAGGCGGUGAGCGUCAAUGCUCAGACCGUCAUGGUGGCACUUCUGCAGCGGCUCCUUUAGCAGCAGGUGUAUUCGCACUUGUCCUAUCUGUUCGCCCUGAUUUAUCUUGGCGUGAUAUACAGCAUCUUUGCGUACAAUCAGCUGUACCUAUAAAUUUAGAUGAUGAAGACUGGGCCGAAUUACCUUCUGGUCGAAUGUUUAACCAUAAAUACGGGUAUGGUGUUUUGGAUGCUUAUCGAAUUGUAGAGCUAGCAAAACAUUUUAAAACAGUGCGACCUCAAGUGAAUGUGGAAGUCGAAUCAUCGUUAGAUAAGCAGCAAGAACAGGCACAGAAGACAUACAAAAGUGAUGUCUUUGUAACUCAAGAAAUGAUUGAUGAAUCAGGCCUUUCUAGCCUCGAACACGUUACUGCUACUGUUACUAUGAAGCAUCAUCGACGUGGCGAUUUCGAGAUUCUGUUAUCCAGUCCAAACGGUGUCGUUAGCCAGUUGGGUACGCCAAGGCCCCAUGAUAAAAGUGAAUCAGGAUUGAAAAGCUGGACUUUCAUGACUGUCAAGCAUUGGGAUGAGAAUCCUAUCGUAGGCAACUGGACACUUCUCAUAAAGGAUGCCGUCCAAGAAGACGUGUCCUUACUAAACGAUGACACCGUGCAUUGGAAAUUGACCUUAUGGGGUGAAAUAGUGGACAGUUAUAAC